GUUAGGAAUUAGAAAACCAAUCAAACGUUUAUAUGCUGUUGGAGGUAAAAUUGAAUAUUUUCAUCGUUUCAUUCUUUCAAUUUAUUUUUUUUUCUGUUUUAGAUAAUCCCGAUACUGAUAUCUAUGGAGCCAAUGUUUAUAAUAAUUAUCUACAAACUCGUACAUUAUCUCGGCUAAAACAAAUUGUUACUCAAACAGCAGUAAGCGGCGGUGUUUCGUCAUCAUCAUCAUCAGCUUGGGGACGAAAUAGUGUUGAAAUUGUAGCAGAUGAAGCUGAACAAUUUUAUUCUGCUGAAAGUAUCAGUUCUAUUUUGGUGUGUACCGGUGUUUAUAACCAAGAACAACAUCAAGAAGGACAAACACAACAACUCAAUCACGGACAUCGAGAUAUGAUCAUUGAUCCUCUAUUAAAACAACCAAAAUAUACCGUUGAACAUGUACUCGAUGCAGUUAAACUUGUUUUUGAUACCGAACAAUUUCGUUAA